CGACAGCUCUCACCAAGAGACUUCUCCAUCCAUCCAUCCAUCUAUCCAUCAUCUAUUUGUUUCCAUCUCUCUCUCUCUUGCUCUCUCACACACACACAAACACACACCACAUGCGCAUGUGUCUUGUUUGACUAGUGCGCCUCAGCUAUCGGACUGCACAGAUCUGGGUCGGGGGAGAGGAGAGAGCGGAGAAAAGAAGAGGAAACGAGAGAAGAGUGGGAGGUCUCUUCUUAUUUCGUUCUUCAGGACUCCGGCAGGACAGAAGAGUUUUAUGACUCCGAGCACCGGAGCGCAAGACAUCAGACGUACACUUCUCGUCUUCUGAAGUCCUGAGCGCUGGUUGAGUUGUUUUAGUGGCCAUUUGUGGUGAAUGAAGAUGACUCUUUCCUGCUGUCUUUACCUGGCUAUGGCCUUCUUCUCUGGCCCAGCCACCAUCUUCGCCCUGGCACCAGAAAAUGAAGUAACGUUACACCCCACAACAUGGCUGGGUGAGAACAAGAUCACAGCGGUACAUCUACCUAAAGGACGCACUCGCAAGCUGUAUUUUACACUAAAGAAGAAAGCUGAUUUGAUGUCUGUUACUGUGAGCCCCUGUGCAGUACCCAUUGAAUGGAGUUUGGCUGUCCGUACGCUGAAGGAUAAACCACCUAAGAAAUCCCACUGGACCUCAAAGAAGAGCAUGCCCGAGGUUUGGUGGAAAGGUUCUGGAAGGGAGGUUAAGAUUUACACCUACACCGGGAACGCUGUAGACACCUACACUGGUCCUGCCUACGCUCCGGCAUCCAUCUACAUCCUUCGCCUGAAAUCGAACGAGCGUGACACCCAGGUGUCCGCCUACCUGCACGAAGGUCCCGGACCCUCCGGGGUCUUUCCUGAACUGCCGCCCGACCCAAGAGUGCACACGCUGGGGGUCGGCAUGACCAGCGUCACUUUGAGCUGGGCUCCGAGCUCUUCUGUCGUUGUUGAGGAAGGUCACCAUGGUAACCGUCCAUACUAUGAAUACUGUGUCCUAGUUAACCCCAAACAUAACCAUCGCAGUCUUUGCGCAGUUCGCGAGGGGUCUAAAAAGGAUGAGAAUGAGCAGAUGAGACCUGGCAAAGAGCUUAAAAAAGACUGGUGGUGGAAUCAACCAGAUACCUCUGAGGACAAUGAAUCUUCUAGUGCUUUGUGGGACAACUUUGAAGACCCCGGAUGUGUGUGCAAGGACACGGAAAGCGUGUGCACCGUUUCAGACCUGCUUCCGGAUACACAGUACUACUUCGACGUUUUCGUAGUGGACAAGGUUAAUGGCACGAGCGUCCCAUACACGGGUACCUUCGCCCGCACGCACGAAGAGGCUCGUCCGGCCGUCAUGCCCUUACGAGAAGGCCAAGUCAAAUGGGUCAACCUGAAUGGGGACGCAAGCAGUCAAAACGGGGAGCGAUCGUUCCGAUUUAAGCCUCGUGGGUGGCAACAGAACGGCCUCCUUACCAUGCACACCUGCAAUGGCACCGGUAAAGUCAAGGUCACCGUUUCCACUAAAGGUCAGGAGUUGACCACUCAGGAGGUGGGACACGAGUUGGCCCAAAUAUGGUUGCAUGGCGGCCCAUCCUACCUCAUUCAACUUCAGGCUUCGCAUUCAGACAAGUCACGAUCCUGUCUCAGAAUGCAAGCAUCAUCCGCUUACCAUCGCCGAGCGGUGCCGGUGUUUCCCGCUAUGCUCCAGAUCAAGUCUUUCAACAGAUUGCGGACCUGCAACUCUGUUACUAUAGCCUGGAUGGGAACAGAAGAGCGAAGUCUCUAUUGUGUUUACCGAAGGCAAAUUCCACACGGCUCAGGCAAACACAGCUCCACAGAUCGAUGCCUUGACCCGGAGUCCCGACCGGCCAGCGAGAGAGUCCUUUGUAAGUAUUUCCAGGAGCUUGAUCCGCGUCGGGCGGUCACGACAGCUGUGAUCAGUGAACUUGAUCCAGGAGUGCUGUAUGUGUUUGAUGUUUAUCUUAUGAGACGCUGGGGACUGCCGAUUAAGUACCACAGCAAGACUUUGAGAACCAAAAGUGAAUGUUGAGUGGACUGGUGGACAUCGCCGAAAUUUCACUACCGCGUUGAGGACUUAAUGAAAAGACAUUAAGCCGCGAUGAAACCAUAUAAGCCCAGAGGAGGAACUGUCGGUGGCCACAGACCAGAAGGAUCUGGUGUGAUGGAGGUCAUAUGUAACACACUCAAGCAAGACUACACACUUAUUCAGAUGCCGGAGACCUAUGCUAACACACGCACAAAUACACACAAAGAUACAGAGAGAGGUGAGACCAAGUUCACACCAGCAAAAACUAAUUUACUGUACGAUAUCGAUGUACUAAUGUUUGUGUUGUUGUUGUUGUGAGCUGUCUCUGUUGAUAAUUAUACAGUAUUGAGUGUCCGAAAAACAGAGAAACUCUCUCAUCUCUUACACAAAAGAAGAUGAUGCCAAAAUAUGCAAAAGAAACAGCCGGAGGGCUUUGAGGGACAGCACUAAACAGAGCUGUGUAUCAGAUCACUCAAUCUGAGAGAGAGAGAGAGAGAGAGAGAGAGAGAGAGAGAGAGAGAGAUGCGUGAAAUGUUAAUUAUGCUCUGCUAAAGCAUGCAGCAGGCAAAUACAAGUUACCAUUCACUUCAUUGUAUUUGAUGUGAUCGUUGUGCUGCUUCUGCACCCUAAUAAAAACACUGUUACA